AUGCCGGUGUUAGCGGCUGGAGUCCUGUCUCAGACGACUGGAUAUGGAUUAAUAUCGUCUGUAUUUAUUUAUCUCGGCCGCUUUAAUUAUGAAAAACACCGCUAAAUUUUAAUUUGUAACAGUGGAAAUAUCUAGAGUCGUUUAUUUAUUUAAUCGGAUGUGAUCUAAUGUGGAGGAUUUGACAGUGAUCUGCGCUUGGUGUAACUGUCAGGCUACUUAUUCUUUAACCCUCAUUGACCCUCACUGUAAGAGACUACAACACAGCCUUCAUCAUGCUGACGAGACUUUUCCGAAUCCACGGCCUCUUUGUGGCCUCCCAUCCUUGGGAAGUCAUUGUGGCUACUGUGACUCUCACCAUCUGCAUGAUGUCCAUGAACAUGUUCACUGGAAAUGAUGAGAUUUGUGGGUGGAACUUUGAUUGCCCCAAAUUAGAGGAGCAAAUCCUAAGCAGCGAUAUCAUUAUCCUGACAAUCACAAGAUGUAUAGCAAUCGUCUAUAUUUAUUUUCAAUUCCAAAAUCUUCGACAAUUAGGAUCCAAAUACAUAUUGGGCAUUGCAGGACUUUUCACAAUAUUCUCCAGUUUUGUGUUCAGCACGGUUGUGAUUCACUUCCUGGACAAGGAGCUGACAGGCCUCAAUGAGGCCUUGCCAUUCUUUCUGCUGUUGAUUGACCUCUCAAAAGCAUGUGCUCUGGCCAAGUUUGCUUUGAGUUCCAACUCACAGGAUGAGGUGAGAGAGAACAUUGCCAAAGGAAUGGCCGUUUUAGGACCUACUUUUACUCUUGAUGCCCUUGUGGAGUGCCUGGUGAUCGGUGUGGGAACAAUGUCAGGUGUGCGACAGCUUGAGAUCAUGUGCUGCUUUGGUUGUAUGUCUGUCCUGGCUAACUACUUUGUGUUCAUGACCUUCUUCCCGGCCUGUGUCUCUCUUGUGUUGGAGUUGUCCAGAGAAAGCAGGGAGGGACGACCCAUCUGGCAGCUGAGCCACUUCUCUAGAGUUCUGGAAGAGGAAGAAGACAACAAGCCUAACCCUGUCACACAAAGAGUCAAAAUGAUCAUGUCUCUUGGCCUGGUCAUGGUUCACGCUCAUAGCCGGUGGAUUGCCGAUCCCACGUCAAGUAAAGGAACUCUUGAUCUUCCUCAAGUUGGAGUGAGCCUGAAUGACAAUAUGCCCAAGAGGAUUGAACCAGACAUGCCCCUGUGGCACUUUUACAUGUCCAGGAUGAUCAGCAUGGACAUUGAGCAGGUGAUCACAUUGGGUCUCGCCCUAUUCCUGGCUGUGAAGUACAUUUUCUUCGAGCAAGUGGAGAUGGAAUCUACCCUGUCCCUGAAAGUUCCCACUCCAGGCUCCAUGCUCUCGCAGAAGUGGUCUCCUGAUCAGUGCUGUAGGAAAGAGGUUUCCUGUGCUAGCAAGCCUGAGAAAACCCCAACUCCCCUUCCUGUUGUUACCAAAGAGGAAAGAGAUUUAGUGAUUCGGCCCCUGCCUGUCCUGAAAGAGCCUGAGCAUAAAAGUAAUUUUGUUCUGGGAGAGGAUGAAACUCAGGAAAACGCUGAUGUUUCGGAGACUGCUAUCAGUGUACCUGCCGAACCUAGACCUGUGGAAGAUUGUCUGUCCAUUCUGAAAAACCAAGAUAUGGGCGCUCGGUACCUCAGUGAUGAGGAGGUGAUCGAUUUGGUGAACUCAAAGCACAUCCCAGCUUACAAACUGGAGGCCAUGAUGGAGACCCCUGAGAGAGGGGUGAUGAUCCGUAGAAAAAUGCUCUCCCCCAAAUUCCCAGAUCCCUCAGCUCUCUCCUGUCUGCCUUAUAAAGACUAUGACUACUCUAAGGUGAUGGGAACAUGUUGUGAGAACGUCAUUGGUUACAUGCCAGUCCCUGUGGGAGUUGCUGGUCCUCUGUUAUUGGAUGGAAAGCAGUUUCAGGUCCCAAUGGCAACAACUGAGGGCUGUCUAGUUGCCAGCACAAAUAGAGGCUGCAGAGCUAUAGCUUUGGGAGGUGGUGCAAGUAGCCGUGUUCUUGCAGAUGCAAUGACCAGAGGGCCGGUGGUGCGUCUUCCCUCUGCCUGUCAAGCGGCUGAAGUCAAGGCCUAUCUGGAGAGCGCUGAGGGCUUCAAGACCAUCAAGGAGUCCUUUGACCAGACCAGCAGGUUCGCACGAUUAGAGAAGCUUCUGAUUGGCUUGGCAAGUCGCAACCUGUACAUUCGAUUCCAGUCCAAAACUGGAGAUGCAAUGGGCAUGAACAUGAUCUCAAAAGGCACAGAACAGGCUCUCGCCAGGCUGAAGGAGGAAUUUCCAGAGCUUCAAGUUUUGGCUGUUAGUGGAAACUACUGUACUGACAAAAAACCGGCUGCUAUCAACUGGAUUGAAGGCAGGGGCAAAUCAGUGGUGUGUGAGGCCACCAUUCCAGCUAAAGUUGUCAAAGAGAUUUUAAAGACGUCGACUGCGGCUCUGGUAGAUGUGAACAUAAACAAGAACCUGGUUGGAUCUGCUAUGGCUGGAAGCAUCGGAGGUUAUAACGCUCACGCCGCCAACAUUGUAGCUGCUAUCUAUAUUGCUUGUGGACAGGACCCGGCGCAGACAGUGGGCAGCUCUAAUUGUAUCACUAUUAUGGAAGCCUCAGGCCACACCGGGGAGGAUCUUUAUAUCAGCUGUACUAUGCCCUCCAUUGAGCUGGGCACUGUGGGCGGAGGCACUAACCUUCCUCCACAGCAGGCCUGUUUACAGAUGUUAGGUGUUCUGGGUGCCUGUCAGGUGUGUCCGGGCGAAAAUGCCCGACAGCUUGCCAAGGUGGUGUGUGGGACCGUGCUUGCAGGAGAGCUGUCACUCAUGUCUGCACUUGCUGCCGGACACCUGGUGAAAAGUCACAUGACUCACAACAGAUCAAAAGUGAAUUUGCAAGAAGCUCCAGGAACAUGUACUAAGCAGGCAUCUUGAGACGUCGCCUAUUGAAGAGGCAAAGGGCCAUAAAGAAAGAUGAUCUCAUCUUCAAGGCACAAAUGAUUAGUCAUUUAGAUUAUUUUCAAGGACCGCAAAAUGAAUACAAACUUAUGACUGUUUAUGGUUUCCCUGAUUUGUUAAAGAGACUGGAUUAAUUUAAGACCGGAAUCAAGACCAGCUGUGUUUACAAGCUUAGAGUCUGUAUUUCUAAAUCAUAUCUGAGUUAAUAUUCCACAGCAGCCGGAACAUACAGAUAAAGAAGGCCAUAUAGCAUUAUUUGUUUUCUAAAAUCAAUGAAGUUCAGGUCACUUACAAGGCCACUGGAUGGUUUAAAGUGGAGAGAAUUUUGUACUUUAUUUUUAUUUGAUGGUGAUGGCAACUGGUAGCAUAUCUUUGUCAACUUGUUGCCAAACUGGACAGCAACAUUAGAAAGGGAAAGAGAAAGUUUACUUCUUUUCACUUAGAAAGGGAAAUGGCACAGGACAGUACUGACACAGAGAGGAGUUUAAAGUACUAUGAUACAUAGAUGGUAUACAUGUAGAAUAUUACAGAACGACUAUGGAAUUGCCAAACGCAGCCGUCAGCAGUGAUCGCAGUGUUUCUCGAGUCAGAAUGUACAUUCGUUUUUUUACUAUGACAGGAAUGUAUUGAAUGACUUGCGUAACUGAAAGGAGUAGUGCUACGGCAUGAUGGGACAGAAAUUUCAAAAGGUGCUAUGAGCCACAAUUCAGUUCUUUGUUCAAUUACUGAUUUCUUUGUGUUUGAACACUUACUGUAUUGGGUUUAUGUAACAAUACAUAACACAUUGCGUAUUUAUGAAGGUUUGAAAUGGCUUUUAUUAAGUUGGUUCUGUUUUUUAUGUCAUGGAAAAGAGUGGCAGAUGUUUAGAAAAGUAUGUUUCAUGCUCAAGACUGAAAGGAAGCUUGCUAUUUUUCCCCCAAAGGCACAAUUCAAAUUAUUAAAUAAAUAAUAAACUGCAAAGUUUUGUAUAUUUUUUUGUAAUAAAAGAAAAAAUAUAUAUAUA